AUGGCCACGGCUAUACUCGACAUUCUGAACGCGCUCAACGGGGCGGUGCGGCGACUUCCCAGUGUUGACUACGGCGAGGAAAAGUUCAACACAUGGGGGAAGCCUACAGCCACGAUAAAUUGGUGCGAGGAGGAUUAUGUCGUGACGCCAUACUGCGCUGAGUUCGUAAACUCGAUCACGAACGUCAUUUUCAUGUACCUAGCGAUCCGUGGGAUGCGGAACUGCCUCAACGAGGGCCACGAUAAAAUAUUCUUCAUCUCGUUCCUAGGGUUCUUUGGAGUCGGCUUGGGGAGCUUCUUGUUCCAUUCUACCCUAUGGUACUCCAUGCAACUGGUCGACGAGCUAAGCAUGAUCUACACUACGUGUCUCAUGGCCUGGGCAUCCUUCUGCCACGGCCGCUCCAUCCGCUACUCGGUCACCGUUGGGGUCCUCCUCUCCAGCAUUGCCGGCGGCGUCUCCGUCUACUACCACUACCUCCAAGACCCCACCUUCCACCAAAACGUAUUCGCCCUCCUCACCGUCGGCGUGCUCUUCCGCUCAUUCUACAUGAUGGAGCGGUACGUGCGGUCCGUUGACGCAGCCUCCGUCAACCGCAUGUGGAAGCUUGUCGGUUCCGGCAUCGGUGUGUUCCUGGGCGGCUUCGUCCUCUGGAACCUCGACAACGCGUAUUGCGGGUCGCUGCGCAGCUGGAGGAGGAGUGUGGGCAUGCCGUGGGGCUGGCUCGCGGAGGGACACGGAUGGUGGCAUCUCCUCACUGGCAUUGGAGCGUACUUCCAGCUGCAGUAUGGGGUGUGGCUCAGGUAUUGCCUCGAUGGCAGGCAGCACGAGUUCACGCUGCAUUGGCCGGGCAUUUGCAGCUUUCCGGAUGUUGUCAGGGUCCCGGAAGAGAAGGCCCGUGGUCGCCAGAAUGGUGCUGCUGUAUCCAGGAAGAAGAAGCUGUAG